AAGCCGCAGCGGUUGCAUACAUUGAAUACAUGACCUGUGUCGGUGCAUCCGUCAUCCUUGCUUUCAACGGCCACGACUAUAGUACUACACAAUAUCACAAUCUAAAAAGGCCACCAGAGCUCAGUAUACCUUCCCGGAUCUUACUGGUGGAAACGCGAAUACCGAUUUCUGGAGUUAGCUCUGAAUCGAUUCACUUGAAUUGUCUGCCAGUCGUUGUAUAACAAUCACAUUCUCGGAUUUGUGGUAUACCCCUGAGCUUCACUUAUGAGCUCUUUGGCAUUCUUGGUGACUGAGCUACAGUCGUUAGCCAGUGAAACCCGACGAAAACAUCCAGAUGUUCGCGAGGCUGCAGAGAAAUCUUUGGCUAUCUUGAGGUCAUCUCCGGAGCAAGCUACGGCGAACUUGGCUUCAGAUGGUCCACAAUCCGAUGACCUCUUGAAGCCUGUGUUUAUGGGCUGUGCGACGAAGAAUGCUAAAGUGGUCGCCAUCUCACUCGGCUCGCUGCAGCGUCUCAUAGCCCUCAAGGCCGUCCCUCAUUCCGCAGUCCCCCGUAUCAUCAGUACUAUGAGCGACUGCAUGAACCAAGGCGUUGACAUACAACUGCGUAUUCUGCAGACGCUGCUGUCGCUUAUUACAAACUUCCCUGCUAUUCACGGAGACUUGCUUGGAGAGGCUCUCCUAUUAUGUUUUAAAUUGCAGGAGUCGAGAAUUGCUGUUGUAUCUUCCACAGCCGCGGCCACUCUUCGACAGCUUGUCAUGUUUGUCUUUGACAAGGUCGUGGAUGAAGAUCGAAGGGACGAGUCAGACGAAAUACAUCUAUCGGAAAUAAUACUCCCCAACGGCGACACUGCCAGACUGACUCCUUCGGCUCAGGACGCGUUCUCAAUUUUCGAGGACCUAUGUUUACUGGCCAACUCUGAAAAGCCCAAAUUUCUUCAUCUCGAAGUCUUACGCAAGACUUUUGCACUGGAGCUGAUCGAAAGUGUUUUGACAAACUAUCAUGAUAUUUUCCGAAAGCAUACAGAGUUACUUCUGCUAUUGCAGCACCAUCUCUGUCCACUAGUACUCAAGGCAUUAUCGGACAGACCGAGUUUCCCUCUCACGUUACGUUCCACUCGGGUCGUCUUUUUGCUCCUCAAGCAGUUCUCGUCAGAGCUCAAGACUGAGGCGGAAGUCUUUCUAAUGCUUCUUAUCAGGAUCAUUGGAUCGGAUAGCGACUCGAGUUCGAGCGCCCCUCCAGCUCAGUCUACGGAUAGUAUUCCUCAUCUACCCGGAGUGCGACCUCUAUGGGUGAGAGUUCUUGCCGUGGAAAUUAUGCGUGGGCUCUGCAGUGACGCCGAACUCAUGCGUAACGUCUGGGAUCGAUAUGACUCAGAAGAGACCGGCUCGAAAGUUUUCAGCACUUUAGUCACAGCGCUGAAGCGGCUGAUUACUGAGAAACCUGCGUUGCUUGGGUCAUGUUCACAGAUUUAUGGUCUCGGUGUUUCCGCUGCGCCCGAUUCAGGUUCAAGCUAUGGCCUUGACGUUGGCGGCGUUGCUGGGAUGGUCGCCAAUGCUGCUAGUGCUACUGUCUCCGGCAUGGUCGGUAUGAUGGGUUCGGAAGCCGGCUUGAGCGUACAAGGCUCCGCAAUGAAGCUGCAAUGUAUCGAUCAGCUGGAUAAAGCGGAUUCCCCUCCAAUACCAGAAUCGUACAUCUAUCUCCUUGGUGUACAGUGUCUGGUAUCACUUUGCGAAGGUUUCGCGUCGUUCGUAGGUCCGUUGUACAACUCCAUAAUGGUACAACGACCACGCUCAGCCGGAGAGCCAGUCAUCCGUGCUCCUCCCGCCCUUGACCUAUCUUCGUUGCCUCAGGAUGAAUCAACUACCAAACAACUGCGAACGGUGCAUAACAUGGUUGAGUCCGGAUGGCCAGCACUGUUGGCUGCUCUUUCGUUCCUCAUAGCAACCAGUCUCUCGGAUGACCUAUUCGUAGACGUCCUGUCAAGUUAUCAAGCGAUGACCAACGUAUCAGGCAUGUUAGGUCUUACGACACCUCGUGACGCGUUCUUCACAAGCCUUGCAAAGUUUGCUGUCCCAACCCGUGUGGUCUCUAGCUUGGAGAACUAUGUGGAGCCACAAACACCGCGGACACCAGGAAACACGCUAUCAGAAAAUCUUGGCUUAAGUGGUCCGCCACAACCUCCUGGUCUUUCCGAACGUAACAUGGCAUGCCUCAAGGUGUUCAUUUCGUCAGCCUUAUUCUUGGCUGGUAGCCUUGGUGAAAGUUGGUUCAACAUCCUCGAGGCGCUUCAAAACGCCGACUAUGUUCUCACAUCGAAGGGCGCCAAAUCAGCAUCGAAUAAACGUCAUACCCUCAGUCCUGGUUCUACUCAAACAGGGCGCGCAGUAUCGAUGCCUGUGUCGCAGACUAGCUCACAAGUUCAUCCGCCUGGAACGCCUCGUCCAACUACUCCUCAGCCUCAGACACAGUCAUCUCGACAUCCCAUGCUGGUUGAUGCGGAUCCGGAAACGCUUGUGAACGCAAUUCAGAGGUUGUUCGACGCAUCGAAGAACCUCGAUGAUCGGGCUUUCCAUGACUUUGUGACCGCAUUGUGCAAGCUAAGCGCCGCCAUGGUUGGCAUGCAAUCAGAACGGAGCGAGACCCUUACUGUUGAAUCCGAGUCUACCGAUGAGUUACCAUCCAACAGCCCACUCCUUUCUCCUCUCUCGCCAGCGUCUGAAGCCGCUCAUCGAAGACGUGUGAGCGGGAUCCAUUUGCCUCGCACUUUGCGUACUGGUGAUUUCAGCAUUGGAAAACUUGGUGGUGUGGCGACUCUCAAUAUUCAUCGUCUCAUCUAUCGGGAUCCCGAUGUUGCCUGGAACGUGAUUACUUCACAUCUACUUUCUGUCAUUAAGUACAUUUCUGCUCCUUCCACAAUACGGGUGCAAGCCGCUCGCGUUCUAGAUGACGUUCUCAUUGUGGUCCCUCGCAACCUAUCGACUACUGGCGAGCUUCAACCAAAGGUUCAGCGCCGGGUAUUGGACGUUCUGGCUCAGCAGGUUAUCCCAGACAACAAUAUCCCUGCUUCUCCUACCGACGUAGAACUCCGAAGGAUGGGAUUGGAGACAUUACACCAGAUUUUGCAGACAUCCGGUCAUACCCUCGUUAUUGGUUGGGAGGUGAUCUUCGGGAUGUUGGGAAGCGUUUGCAAACCAGCUUCGGCAGAAGUGACUUCGCCUCUUUCACCAGGUGCAGCACGACAUCGGUUGCCUCCUCUCGGGUAUGCUUCGGAGAAAGGUUACACAUCGCUGGUGAAGAUUGCUUUUCAAUCCUUGACGCUGGUCUGUGAUUCCUUGUCUCAGCUAUCUCCAGAGCACCUCCGGCUUUGUAUCACGACCCUUGGACAAUUUGGUCGUCAAGCUGACACGAAUAUUGCUCUGACGGCUGCGGAAAGUCUGUUAUGGGGAGUAUCUGAUUCGAUUCAAGCAAAACGAAAAGAUGAGGAUAAGGAAGCCGAAUUCAGCGCUCUGUGGAUGUUCCUCCUCUUGGAAAUUUUGGGACUCUGCACCGAUGGCCGUCCCGAGGUUCGGGUAGGUGCCAUCCAGACGUUGUUCCGAACCUUACAAUUGUAUGGCGCGACGCUCAGCCUCAGCACUUGGGACGAAUGUAUCUGGAAAGUCACGUUCCCUCUCCUCGACUCCAUCACCUCUUACCUUCGACAACCUUCGACCCAAGCGGACCAGCCUACUCAGGCUGAACAAUGGGAUGAUUCGAAAGUUUUAGCGCUGCAGUCGAUUGGUUCCAUUUUCCAUGAUUUCCUCACAUCGAAGAUCAUAUAUCUUGACACAUUCGAGAAUGCCUGGAAAACUUUUGUCGGCCACAUCAAGGAUUCAUGGCUCAAUGACAGUCCCGUAAUCAGUGCUUCGGCAGUUCGAUGCUUGGAGAAGGCUGUCAAAGCUCUGGGCAGCGCCGAGCCGGAAUUGAAAGAUUCAGUCAUCAAUGCGUUGGAAGUUGUCUGGCAGGCCUGCGACGAAAUGGGUCAAGCCGUCGUGAAGAAGCAACUCGUAACUCCCCUUAGUACGCCUGAUUCGCAGUCUUUGCCAAGGGUUUAUACCCAAGAGAGUUUGAUGGCGUUCGUUGACGCCAUUCGAUGUACCCGGACUGUCUUCCGUACUUUCGACGACCAUGAGUGGUCGCUAGAACGCUUGUCUCGAAUGAUGGCGAUCCUGAAGGACGUCCUGACGUACCCUCACUCGCCCGACUUCCGUCCUGAUAUCGAUGCUCAUAGUCCCGUCCAGACGGUUGUGCUGGAGGCUAUUGAGGGAAUUGACAUGUCGGGCCCUGGCGUGCCUUCCCUUCUCCUCCGCGAUCUGUCCGAGUUCUCUACUCUUCCUUUCAUAGCAGCGUUCGAUGUACCUGGUAGUCAACCACCCUCAAAGUUGGCCAGCACGUCUCCUAGACCAGUUCGGGACUCGCAGAGACGCGUAACGUACAUUGCGUUGUCUAAGAAGACUAUGCCCCUCCUUGUUGAGUUGUUCUUACGAUUCAAGGAUGAUGCAGCAAUAUACGUGGACGGUACUGUCGAAGCAAUAUUCUCUGCCUAUGCCAUUCCGAUCAAGAUGAAGUAUGAGUGUCCUGCUCCGUCGAAGUUUGGCAAAGACCCUCCCUUGUGGAAGACUGCAACAACCAACUUUUUGAGAAUCGUCAAAGAGAGUGGUGCUCAAAUUCAGAGUCUGGGUACAAAUAUCCCUGACGAGCGAGUGGAAGGCAUCUGGAGACAGAUAAUCGAGACUUUCCGUGGUGGUAUUUUGGCCGACUGUUCUCCUGCCGACAACUUCCCUCUUGAUGUGCAAGAAUCAGAGGAGAACUUUGAUUUAGCUCUCAUUGCGUCGCUUGAGAUCGACGUUGUUCCUCAUUUGGGCGACCUGAGGGUACCCGAUUACGUCGUUUCUCAGCUGGCCAAAGUUCUCUCUCAAGGAAGCCGCUUGCGUGAGGCAGAUGAAUAUCAGCCACCUUCGCCGACUUCUCUUCCGGACGAUUCCAAGAGAAGAUCUCGGAGUUUCGACAAAGUGGAGAAGUUCGGAGAUGGCACCAUAGUGCUUGGCACAACUGAAGUCGGCUAUUUCUCUCCUCGCGAACGAUUCUCAUAUUGGUGCUUCGACCUGUUAUUCUUGAUCUCUUCCGACACUGCUCAAGAUCGAAUUGAAUCUAGGAAACGCGUCGCGGCGCUCAGCGUACCUUCGCUGCUGAAUCGUUGUCGGACAACGCUCGUCAGUUACGUCGCAGAUGAAGCCCUACGGGGUACCAUGCCAUUCCCACGUAUUCGAGAAGAAGAACUGCUGUAUGUUCUACGGAAAUUACUGGAAUUGCGUCUGUGGCCAGGUAUUCUUUGGGCAGCGCUAUCAGACAGCCCCACAAACUACUGCAUCGAACAACCACCUAUUGAACAAUCCUUGGAGCCGUCAAAGCUGAUUAGUGAUGCUGUGAAGCGUUCCGCCAAAGCACAUCUCUUCCACCUCUAUCCUGUUCUCUCUGAGAUCGUCGCCACCCCAAGGAAAACGCCUACAGCUUGGGUAAUGACCCAUGCUAGGAAGACUGCCAGUAGAGAUGCCUCCAAUGCUGCGAAACCUGAAGAAGUUAGGAAAAGUAUCGCAUGGAAUGACGUCACAUCUGGAGCUGUAGACGAGGCGAGGGCUAUUGAACUUGAUGCUAGAGCUGUUGUAAAGGAGUGCUUGAAAGAGAUUGGCAGAGAAAUGGGUGUUGUACAAUAGAUCUAUCGUUCACAGACUAUUCCGGAGUAUCUUUACUGUACAUAUCAUAAUGGAUGCAUCACGCAAUCAUGGAUGGUUGGAAAUU